CGGCAACGUCCACCACCAUUUCCUAUAUUCAAGUGGAUACCAUGUAGUACUGCUCCUCCGCAUAGGCAGUAUCUGCCUUGAACUAUUGAUAAUCCGGAGUACGCGAUCAGGAUCGUGGCUUCUCUUCCAACCGUGUAAAUCAACCGACCCGACAGAUGAGGACUACAUCAUGACAGCGGCUCGAUAGAUCCAACACGCCUCUCACUCGUCGGAUACCUCAACACGUUGGUUCAACGUCGUCACAAGCCAUGCGUAUCGCAACUCUUCAAUUCUCCCCACGGCUGGGUGAAGUUGCGGCAAACUUCAGCCGAGCAGAAAGCCUCCUCAUGCGUGAAGAGAGGGAGGGCAUGCUUGAAAACCUAGAUCUGCUGGUACUGCCUGAACUGGCCUUUGCAGGAUACAAUCAUCCAUCACUAGAUGCAAUUGCACCAUUUCUGGAGCCAACAGCGGCAGGGCCUUCAACAAGAUGGGCUGCUCGAACUGCAAAGCGCCUCAAAUGUACCGUGGCAGUUGGAUAUGCUGAAGCGGCUGAAGAAGGCAACUACAACACCAUCUUUGACCGACAUAUAACCGCCGAGGCAGGCACCGUCGCUUAUAACUCACUGGUGUUUGUCAACUCCGCUGGGGACGUGGUUGCACACCAUCGCAAGGCGUUCUUGUACUAUACGGAUGAGACCUGGGCUCAAGAAGGACAGGGCUUCUGGGCAGGUGUGUUGCCGAUCGGAGGCAAAGGUGAUCAGGUCAAGGCGGCAGCGGGGAUCUGUAUGGAUAUCAACCCUUACCGGUUCGAAGCCCCCUGGACUACUUACGAAUUUGCGAAUCACGCGCGAGAGGCCCGUGCCAAGAUCGUUGUCAUCAGUAUGGCCUGGCUGACAAGGCUGAGUGCCGAGGAGGUGUCGAGCGAGCCCAUGGCCCCCGACCAAGAUACCGUCAAUUACUGGGUCGAGCGACUGAGGCCUCUGUUCGGAGCCCAAGGGGCAGAAUCUGAGGCAAUUGUGGUUUGUGCCAACCGAGCCGGCGAGGAAGGUAUCUGCCCUAGAAUCGGGGAAGUGAGGUACGCUGGAAGCAGUUGUGUGAUGGGUAUGACGAAGGGCCACCAUAUCAGGAUUUGGGACAUUCUCGGGAGGGCACAAGAAGGUGUCCUUGUUGUGGAUACAACCAGUCCACCCGCUUAUUCGGUCGUGACCAAACCACGAGACCAAGAGCAGGCUGAAACGGAUGAGGCUGCUGACCUUCGAACUGGCUGAGUGUUUCUUCCACUUUUUAAUCCAUAGAUACACUGGUAAUGCUCGGGGUGCUUCGGCUAUCUUGGAAGACACAAUCCUGAAUGGACAUUUCAUGAUUCAAAAGUCCACAGCGAACAGUUAGAGUCAUAAGGAGAAAAGCAGUCCAUACACGAAGAUCGAGCUCAAGAAGUCUCAGCAUUCACUCGGUUUAUGUCCACCCACCCUGACAAUACUUCACAAUAUCUUAUCUCCAGAAGGCUCACGUGGACAAGCGCCGGAGACCGCCAACGGGGCACUUCCAUUGGACGAAUAUUCAUCCAAGGCUGCACCCUUCCAGCGAUGUGUCUGACAUGAUGGAGGGUUGAUACGGAUCACGAGACAAUGUGACACGUGAAGUGGUGUGAAAGACGUUACAAGGGGAAGUGAGGCCACACUGCGCGAGUCAGGUAACCCAGUUCGGGCCAAUAACAGGGUUAGAUGGGGUAUCACGUGGUGGCUGUCGCUUUUCCCCUGAUGGGCAAGUAUCCCGAGGUACCAAGAACGCUAAACGC